AUGAGUUUGUCCAAACAUAAAUCUCAGAAAAAUGAUCAACUGUUUUCAUCAACUGGCAAGAUAGGUGUCACAAUCCUUGCAUCAGAAUGGGGAUCAAGUAAAGGUGGACUAUCCACUUUAAACAGAGAGUUAGCCAUUCAGUUGGCUAAGUUUCCUGAAGUGGAUGUUUCCUUCUUUGUCCCACAAUGUGGCGUAGAGGAAAAGAGAGCUGCACUCAGCCACAGCAUCGAAAUUGUUGAAGCAACAAGGCGGCCUGGCUACGAUGAACUUGAAUGGCUGAGCUUUCCACCAGCUCAGCUCCAAAUUGAUGUCGUGGUUGGCCAUGGGGUAAAACUUGGGCACCAAGCUCAAGUUAUUAGAGAGUCUCACAAAUGCAAGUGGAUUCAAGUUGUCCACACUGAUCCAGAGGAGCUUGGAAUGUUCAAAACCUAUCAAAAUCCCAUUUCCACAGGCGAGAAAAAGCGCCAGGCAGAAGUAGAACUCUGUGAGAUGGCAGACGUGAUUGUGGGGGUUGGACCCAAGUUAUGCGAGGCAUUUCGCAGAUACCUCCAUUGGUGCAAGAAGGAUAAAAGUAUCCUCGACAUCACUCCGGGUGUUUUUGAUGAAUUUGAGAAUAUUGAACCCCUCGAUGAAGAUAUGAAACGAUGUGGCAUUCUAGUGUUUGGCCGAGGGGAUGCCGAAGACUUCAAGUUGAAAGGUUUCGAUAUUGCAGCCAAAGCUGUUGCUAAGGUUGAAGACGCUCGUCUUAUUUUCGUUGGUGCUCCGGAAGGAAAACACGAAGAAAUAGCCAAACGUUUUCGCGAAUGUGGUGUGCCUGCCGACCGCCUUACUGUGAGAAGCUUUGUGAAAAACCGCGAGAGUCUGAAACACCUGUUUUGCGAAGUGGAUCUAGCGCUUAUGCCAUCAAGAACUGAGGGUUUUGGCCUAACUGGUUUGGAAGCUUUAUCAGCUGGUCUCCCUGUGCUUGUCAGUAAGAACUCAGGGUUUGGAGAAGCCCUGAAUGAAGUACCAUUUGGUGCAGCGUGUGUGAUUGAUUCAGAAGAUUCCAGUGUAUGGGCUGAAGAGAUCAAGAAAGUUCGGAAGAAAAAAAGACAGAUGCAACUACAGGAGGCUGAUGCACUCCGCACCUCAUACGGAAAGAAAUACAGCUGGGCCAAGCAAAUUCAAGCUUUCGUCGCCGAGAUGAUCAGCAUUGUUAAUGGUAUGGCUUGCGGAGACAACACUUCACAAUCUUCGCCAGGUUAAUUAAGCUAUAAGCGAAAGUCCUUUUUUCCUUUUACCUAGAAGGGCGUCAUUAAGUUCUAACGGUUGAUCAGGCGAUUCUCUCUAUAUACAAAAAGAGUGGCGAAUAUAUAAUGAUAAUGAUGUGGGUUGAACGCUUAGAUUGAUCGAAAUUUAUUUUUCCCUUUUUUUGAGGGGGGGGGGGGGUGAUUCCAAGGGACAGAGUGUAGACUUUCUGGUUUUAAUUUAAGUAGGGGAGAGCCUUUCAGUAUUCUGCUGACAGGAUGAUUCAAGGAUAACUAGUUGAUUAAAAAACUAAUAUAGACAUCUAGAACCAUGAUUCGAGUGUUCCAACCCCUACAGAUAAACUGCUAGAAGACUAAGCAGGUUUGAUUGGAGCAACUUAACGACGUCAUUGCAUAAAGUUUUUUUUUUCGCUUUUCAGCAGAUGCUUCUGUUUGUGAGGUGAGCGGAGCCCAACAUCAACACCAAGCAUCAGGUUUAUCCCUUUCCCAGGUUGUGCAAAAGGAUGAUGAUCAUCACACAGGUAUCACAUAGCUCAGCAGUGUAGAUUCUCCUUUUAUCAUGAAAAAUUUACCAUGUAUGAGUUUCAAAGUUGAAAUGUUGUCUGAAACUGGCGUAAGAGUAGAAUACGCAAUGACAUAUUCAGAGCCCAGUAUACCAUAAAACUAAGUAUUAAAAGUCAUGAGCGUGAAAACGGUAUUUCAGAAGAUCAUUGGACAUGGUCAAAUAUUCUGAAGAGAACACUUAUGGCAAAGCUCAAGUAGAGUACAGUCACCUCGUUUUGUGAUGAAAGGCUUUUCAUUUUUCUUCCAGCUACGAACAUCAUUCAUGAUCUGCAACAAUUAAAUUCCAAACAACCAACGGACAAGGAGAGUGAACUGUUGUUGAACCUGCAGAAAACUGCUGCGGACAAAGGAUUUGUCAUUUGUGACAAUCCAGCAUCAGCAAACUGCAUGUUUUAUACAAUUUCACAACAACUACAACACGUGAAAGGAAUCCACAUCUCAUACUAUGAAAUAAGGAAGGAAUUAGUUCGGUUCCUCGAAAACUUUCCCAACCUGGUAAGACUCUUGCUCAGGCGAUCAUUGGUACUGAACUUUAUUAAAAUCAUCGAAUAAUUUAAAAUUACUCGCAAACUUCGGCAAGAUGUUGAUGGAAAUCUUUUGAGACGAAAACAACGCUCCUGGUUUACUUUGAAUUAGGUUGCAAAACUCUUGUCUUUUAUCUUUCUACUUUAUUAGUAUGCUGACUACCAAUGAACACAUUAGGAUCUACUGACUGAUAGCUAUUUUAAGUCUAUUGAUUAAUUUGCUUAUUUUUCUCUCCCAAAGCCCGAUGGAACAGAGCUGUUCAAGUUUGUCCACGGAUAUCCAUCAUGGUCUGAUUACUUGAGAAACAUGGAGAAAGACAACACUUGGGGUGAUCACGUGAUGCUUCAUGCUGCAGCAAACUGCUACAAGACUGGUAUUCGUGUGAUCAGCAGUCUUGGCUUCGAUGUAAUGAUCAGUCCGAAUCAUCCCGGUGUUGUCAACACCAAUACACUUGUGGUUGGUCACAUUCAUGAGAGGCACUAUGUAGGCCUUCGACUCAAACAAGGUACAGGGUAAAAAUGCCUUCGGCAGAUAAUCUGCAGGUGUCGCUAGCGUCUAGAUUUACUUUACUUCUCUCUCAACCCCCCUGCUUUUCCACCUUUUUAAUAUACUGACCAGACGCAGUGGAAAUGUAAACGCCACCUCCAUGAAAUUAUUUUGCCGUGAUAAAAAAAUAGACGUUAAGGUGUAAGUGGACAAUAAACUGUUGAAAAGUUUUACUCUUUGUUAUUUCCAUGGCCUCUACCCACUUUUUGCGUGUCUCAUAUUAGGCAAAGUGUUUGAAACAGGUGCUGUGCCUUAGACAACUAGAGUGGUAUUGGUACCGAAAUGAAAUGAGGACUUCUUCAACCGAUUAUCUACUCAAAUGCAUGAUAUUCAUCACAUGAUAAUAUGAUAAUUCGUUUCCGCAGAUAUUCCUGAGCCUUGCGAGUUGAUUGAGAGGAUUCGUCAGCUGUACAAAAUACGUGAAGAACGACUUCUGCCAGUCCCUUGGUGCGAAGAUUUCAGUUUUAAACUGAACGAGAUUUUCACCAGGCUCAGAAUUGCAGGUAAAGAUAAGACUAGAGGAGAAAUGAAGGACGAGAUCACAAACAUGACAGCUAUCUUCAAAACGCAUGAAAAAUGCGAAGAACCUCCUCGGACUGUUUUGAUAGAAGGAGAUCCAGGUAUGGGAAAAACAACCUAUUGCCAGAAGUUGGCGUACGACUGGGCAACUUCACGAGAACACUGGGACGAGUCCUUCCCGAUGAUUACUCUUCUUUUACUGCUAAGGUGCCACGAUAUCAAAUCUAACCUUUGGGAAGCAAUUGAUGAGCAACUUCUUCCUGACGACGUCGACGAAGAAUGUAAAGAAAACCUUUUCAAGUUCAUUCGUGAGAAUCAGUCCAGCGUUUUGUUCGUUCUUGAUGGUUUAGACGAAGCUGACCAUGGUAAAAUAAACAUGUUUAUCAAUCUCGCUCAAAGUAAAGAACUCUCUAAAUGCCUUUUUGUUUUCACAUCUCGUCAUGAAUCUGGGAUAAAAAUGAGGCGCUACUGUGAUAAUCUGUGGGAGAUCGUAGGAUUCACGGAAGAAGACGCCGAACAUUUUAUUUACAAGUACUUUAGAAACAUGAAAUACUUAGCGAAUAGACUUCGUCGAGAGAUUAGGUCAAGGUCAGACUUACGCCAACUGAUAUCAAAUCCUCUUAAUACCGCAUUAUUGUGCAUUCUUUGUGAAGAUUUUGAAGAAGCUUUUCCAGAGAGCAGAACUCAAUUGUACAUUGAAAUCGUAAAGUGUAUCUUGAGAAGAUAUGAAGAAAAGAAAGGAUUUUCCAGCGACAAGGAAGAUUUAAUUGAAGUUUACGAAGAGGAACUCAGAAGCUUGGGGUGUAUAGCGUUACAAUCUCUUCUUAAGGGUGAGCUAUAUAUCGAAGAAAGCAAAGUAAAUGGUAACAAUUUUAAUGCUGUAAAGAAGUUUGGAUUUCUGUCAACUCAGUCUGGAAGGAGCAGGAGAAAGCCUUGCUUUCGUUAUUGCUUUCUACACAAGAGCUUUCAAGAGUUCUUUGCCGGUUUUUAUCUUGCUUUAAAGAAUGUCAGAGAAGAAGAUGAAGCAGAAAUCACAAUCAUAGAUGAAAGAUUUCUGGGUGAGCUAGAGCAGGUGUUUUUGUACAUAUGUGGAAUUGUUGCUAUACAAUCCGAAGAAAAUGCUAAGCGUCUUUUACGAAAAAUUACUGCUCAUGUAUAUAUGUUAAGUGCGGAAGUUAAAGAAGUUAGGAGAAUCAUAGAAUUGGCAUUUUGUUUAAUAGAGGAAUGUGGAAAAUGUAAGAAAAGCCUUCAGUCCCAGUUGCUUCAUGAGUUUGGGGCUCACCUCCAGCUUAAGGCUUGCACCUUUCAAGAGAUUCCGCGAUUAGACUUUUUUUUAGAAAGUCUUUCGUCCAAUACCUUUUUGAGUGAUUUAGACCUAACUAUGUAUAGGUUCGAUACUAGUGAGAUUGACGAAGAAGAAUUUGAUUAUCUCUAUGACAAUUGUUCAAUUAAUGAAACAUUGGCUAUUUUAAACUUGCAUGGAGGUGAGCUUGACGUUGGUGAUUCUAGUGCUGCUUCUCUCUCUCAGGUUCUUUCAGUCAAUACUACAUUGACUGAUUUGAAAUUAGGUAAAAAUGAAAUUGGUGCUUCUGGUGUUGCUUCUCUCUCUCAGGCCCUUUCAGUCAAUACCUCAUUGACUUAUUUGGACUUACGUUCCAAUGAGAUUCGUGAUUCUGGAGCUGCUUCUCUCUCUCAGGCUCUUUCAGUCAAUACUUCAUUGACUUAUUUGGACUUAAGUUCCAAUGGGAUUCGUGAUUCUGGAGCUGCUUCUCUCUCUCAGGCUCUUUCAGUCAAUACUUCAUUGAUUCAUUUGAGCUUGGGUUCCCAAAUGAUAGGUGAUUGUGGAGCUGCUUCUCUCUCUGAGGCCCUUUCAGUCAAUACUGCAUUGACUUAUUUGUACUUACAUUCAAAUAUGAUUGGUGAUUCUGGAGCUGCUUCUCUCUCUCAGGCUCUUUCAGUCAAUACUUCAUUGACUGAUUUGAAAUUAUGUGACAAUGAGAUUGGUGAUUCUGGAGCUGCUUCUCUCUCCCAGGCUCUUUCAGUCAAUACUUCAUUGACUGAUUUGAAAUUAUGUUACAAUAAGAUUGGUGAUUCUGGAGCUGCUUCUCUCUCUCAGGCUCUUUCAGUCAAUACUUCAUUGACUCAUUUGGGUUUGCGUAACAGAAUGAUAGGUGGUCCUGGUUAUGCUUCUCUCUCUAAGGCUCUUUCAGUCAAUAUUUCAUUGACUGUUUUGGACUUACAUGGCUAUGAAAUUUUUGAUUGUGGUUCUGCUGCUUGUCUCUCUCAGGCUCUUUUAGUAAAUACUACAUUGACCCAUUUGGGCUUGCGUUCCUUUGUGAUUGCUGGUAAUAGUGUUGCUUCUCUCUCUCAGGCUCUUUCAGUCAAUACUUCAUUGACUCAUUUGAACUUGCAAAGUACUAGCAUUGGUGGUUCUCGUGCUACCUCUCUCUUUAAGGCUCUUUCAGUCAAUAUUUCGUUAACUGAUUUGAACUUGAGUUUCAAUCAAAUUGAUGAUUCUAGUUCUGCUUCUCUCUCUCAGGCUCUUUUAUUCAAUACUUCAUUGACUCGUUUGGACUUGGAUCAUAAUCACAUUGGUGAUUCUGGAGCUGCUUCUCUCUCUCAGGCUCUUUCAGUCAAUACUACAUUGACUUAUUUGAGCUUGAUAGGUAAUUUUAUUGGUGCUUCUGGUGCUGCUUCUCUCUCUCAGGCUCUCUUAGCCAACUCAAGCUCACUUGUUCUUUAUCUGUAUGGGCAGUAUUGA